GCUUUUUAUUCGUCGACAGCUUAUCACUGAAAGAGCAAAAGCAGCAGUGAUCUUCAGAGAAACAAACAAAAGCAUCUCUCGCUGUAACAUCGAACAGGAAAUUUCCAAGUCAUGGGUUCUAAGAACAGUCCACAGGUGAAAAAUUCGACAAGGACUAUGUUUACUCUCAUCAUUGUGAUUAGUUUAUGUUGUUUAUUCUAUCUCCUUGGAUCAUGGCAAAGGAGUGAUUUUGGUAAAGGAUGUGGUAUGGUUAUGGAAGUUGCAAAGCAAGUACAAUGUACUAAUGUUACACACAUUGUAACCAAACUUGAUUUUGAGCCUCAUCAUAGAACAGUAAAGAUUCCUGAGAGAGCUAAUCCGAAACCGGUUGUGUUCAAGCCGUGUGAUGUUAAAUACAAGGAUUACACGCCUUGUCAAGAACAAUGUACUAAUGUUACACACAAUGUACUGGAUGUGGGGUUGCAAGCUGGGGUGCAUAUAUGCUUAAGAAGAAUGUAUUGACAAUGUCGUUUGCACCACGGGAUAACCAUGAAGCUCAAGUACAGUUUGCACUUGAGAGAGGUGUUCCAGCGAUCAUUGGUGUCCUUGGAUCAAUUCGUCUUCCGUACCCACCAAGAGCCUUUGAUAUGGCUCAAUGCUCUCGGUGUUUGAUACCAUGGACCUCUAAUGAGGGAAUGUACUUAAUGGAGGUCGAUAGAGUCUUGAGACCGGGAGGUUAUUGGGUCUUAUCCGGGCCACCGAUCAACUGGAAGACAUACUACAAGACGUGGAAGCGGUCUAAGAAAGAACUCAAUGCAGAGCAAAAGAAAAUAGAGGAGAUUGCAAAGUCUUUAUGUUGGGAGAAGAAGUAUGAGAAGGGAGACAUUGCAAUUUGGAGAAAGAAAACAAAUGACAGAUCAUGUGAUAGGCCAUCAUCUCUUAAAACCUGCAAAGGAAAAGACACUGAUGAUGUCUGGUACAAUGAGAUGGAAGUAUGUGUGACUCCAUUCCCUAAAGUAUCAAACAAUGAAGAAGUCGCCGGAGGAAAGCUAAAGAAGUUCCCUGAAAGGCUUUUCUCAGUUCCUCCGUGUAUAACAAAAGGUCUGACCGAGGGUGUGACGGCUGAAUCAUACCAUGAAGAUAGCAAACUGUGGAAGAAGCGAUUGAGUGCCUACAAAAGAAUCAACAGACUGAUAGGUAGCACGAGAUACCGUAAUGUGAUGGAUAUGAAUGCUGGACUUGGUGGAUUCGCAGCUGCGCUUGAAUCACCUAAAUCUUGGGUUAUGAACGUUGUUCCAACCGUUGCAAAGAACACUUUAAGUGUUGUAUAUGAAAGAGGUCUUAUUGGCAUCUACCAUGACUGGUGUGAAGGCUUUUCAACUUAUCCGAGAACAUAUGAUCUCAUCCACGCCAACAAUGUCUUCAGCUUGUAUCAGAACAGUUGCAAAAUUGAAGACAUACUUCUCGAAAUGGAUCGGAUUUUGAGACCAGAAGGAACUGUUAUUUUCAGAGACGAGGUUGAUGUAUUAAACGAUGUAAGAAGAAUCACAAAGGGAAUGAGAUGGGACACUAAAUUGAUGGAUCACGAAAACAGUCCACUUGUCCCGGAGAAAAUUCUCGUCGCCGUUAAACAGUAUUGGGUCGCCGGAGGCAAAAGAAACAGUACCUUGCUGUCUUAAGCUAAGGUCAAGAUUCUGGAGCUUUUGGAGCUAUCUAUCUGAUAUUCAGAUAUUAAAUCAGCAUAUACUUUGACCCCAAAAGAAAAAUAGGCAUACACUGAAAAGAUGUAGAUGAAAAUAAAGAACUAAGAAAAGUUGGGUGGAAUCAGAAUUUCCAUAAAAAUAAAGGGAUCAAGUUGAAAUAUAUAUGUGAUACUCAAAUAAAAUGUACAAUUUAAUUUCUUUUGGUAUGAGAGAAUAUAUAUUAGUUCAUGUAGUAAUAGCAUUGCAUCAAGUAAAAUAGUUAGAGGUACUAUGGAUGCUAAUUCUUUUUUUUGUUAACCCUAGGAUGCUAA